AUGUGUGAAAAUGUAGUAAUUCAACAGUCUAGCUCAACAGCGGAGAAUAAUUCAUCUAUAGAAAAAAAAAAAUCAAAUGAUGAUUCUGAACAUCUUGAAUUAAAUGCCAAAAAUACCAAUAUUAUAGAAAAUGAACCCAUCGUAGAACCCGAAAUUUCAAACUCUUUUAUUGGUUUUAAAAAUGAUGUUGGGACAAAAAAUGGAAAGUUAUCUAGUGAUGGAUUUUGUGAUUGGAAGCAUGCAGCUGAAAAGUUAUCCCAACAUGAAACAUCAAAACAUCAUCUUGAAGCAAUUAUUGCAAUAAAUCAUCGAGCGAGAGAAAAUGAUUGUCUAGAUCAACAACUUCAAAAACAGAUAACAGAAAUAUCUUCCUAUUGGCGCCAAGUUCUAAAGCGAGUAAUUAGCACAAUCAAAUUGAUUUCAGAACGUGGCUUAGCAUUUAGAGGAGAUGACGAAAUAAUUGGUUCACCAAGAAAUGGAAAUUAUCUUGGAAUUCUUGAAUUAGUGGCGGAGUUUGAUCCAUUUCUGUCAGCUCAUAUAAAAGAUCAUGCGAAUAAAAAAAGUGGUCACACAAAUUACCUUUCAUCAACUAUUUGUGAAGAAUUAAUUGAUCUUAUGGCUAAAGAAGUAUUAGGCGAAAUAAUAACAAGAAUUAAAAAAUCAAAAUAUUAUUCGGUAUCUGUAGAUUCUACUCCCGAUGAAGCACAUAUAGAUCAAUUGACUAUAGUAGUACGCUAUAUGGAAAAAAUGAAUCCAGUAGAAAGAUUUUUAACAUUUCUACCAAAUUGUGGCCACACUGGCAUUGAAAUGGCAAAUACUCUCAUUACAUUUUUGGACCAUCAUGAAAUUGAAUUGAUUGACUGCCGUGGUCAAUCAUAUGACAAUGCGGCAAACAUGAGUGGAAAAUAUCAAGGUAUGCAAGCCUUAAUUAAAAAUAAAAAUGAAUUCGCAGAAUUUGUUCCUUGUUGUGGUCAUUCGUUAAAUUUAGUUGGGAAAACAGCAGCCAACUCGUGUAUUGCAGCUAUUCGUUUCUUUGAUUUCAUACAAAAUCUUUACGUGUUUUUACUGCCACUCCCAUACGUUAUUCACUUUUAA